AAUCUCUUCAUUUUUGCUUUGGCGCGGCGACGCUAUUUUCCCGGCAAAAAAGGAUUUGUGCUAAAUAGAAUAUAAAUAAGAAAACUAGCAAGUGCGGAUAAAGGAAACAUGGUGAAUUGCAUGCUGUGUGGCUCGUCGGUGGAGAAUGUCCGUGACUACGGGCCAUCCUUCCAUUACGACGAGCUGAAUAAGGUGCAUCGCAAUUGUCUGUACUUGAGCUCGAAUCUGGUGCAGCGUGGCGAUGACAACAAUGGAAUCUCACGUUUCCUCAAGGAGGACAUUCUGGCCGAGGUGGAGCGUGCCAAGAAGUUGACGUGCCACUACUGCAACAGGAGCGGCGCCUCGAUUGGCUGCUGCAAGUCCAGCUGUCGCCGCAGCUUCCACUUCAGCUGCGGCCUGGAAAACCUGGCGCGCAAUCAGUUUUGCGGCUCCUAUAAAUCCUACUGCCACUCGCAUGUUGGCAAGAGCAAAGUGCGCCCACCGGCCGACGAGAAGUGCCCCAUGUGCCUGGAGCUGGUGGUGCCUGAGAAUGAGAAGUUUAGGCAGGUGCUGGCGCAGCAGGCACCGUGCUGCCGCAACGGAUGGUUUCACAAGAAGUGCCUGCAGGAUUACGCCCACAAUGCUGGCUACUUCUUCAAGUGUCCGCUGUGCAACAGCUCGAGCAAGUUCAUGGACGUCUGCCUCUGGGGUGUGUCGGUGCCGAACAGGGAUGCUUCGUGGGAGACUGAACCUAACGCAUUCCACGACCAGUUGGUCCGCGACUUGACCUGCACCGCCUCCAGUUGCAUUGCCGUCCAUGGGCGCAACUCGGACACGCGCAACAUUUCGUUUUGCCAACUGUGCGGCUCCAAUGCGGUGCACAGCUACUGCGUUGCCCCCACUUACGUGGAAACCUGCCAGACGUGCAGCAUCGUGGAUCCGCCCAGUGAUGACUCCGAGGACGAAUUUGAAAUGUUUGCCAGGCGCGAAGCCCUUCGCAGUCGCAGCCGGAUUAAUGGGCAGAAUCGCAGUCGCUACCAAGACAAGCUGCGUGCUCCGAGCACGGACGAAGACGCUGAUGAUGAUAAUGAGGAUUGCGAUUUCCUUGGCGGCCUCGAAGCUGUAUACCCGCCGUUGGCUGCACCGGCCGCUGGCGCCAUCACUGCCGCUGACAGUGUCGCUGCUACUGCCACUGUCAAUGGAACCGAUACUGGCAGCAUGACAACUGACACAUCAAGUGAGCAAGCUGCCGCCACAGCAGCACCACCAGAGAGCGACCCGAUGCUGCGCACACAAACACCGCUUGGCUCGUUGACACGCGCUCGCGCUGGACAUGCAGUCAGUGCUCCAUCGAACCGUAAAGUUGACCAACCCGUCAACACCUCGCCCCCACAGGCCACUGUGACCUCUUCAGCUGCGGUUGCUGCUGCACGCCAGAGAAACAGAAACUCAUUGCUCCGCCACACCAUGUCGAUCGAACGUGAGUCUAGAGUACAGCGCAUUGGACAACGGCGCCGAACGAUGAAUUCUGAGCCGUUCAACGGGGAGUUGCGGUCUCGUACUCUUCGCCGCCAGGGUGCAGCUUGUCUUCGCCAGAGUUCCGAAACGGAGAUUGGUGCCGGCGACAUCUCGUGUAUCGCCAGACGCACGCGAAAGCGCACAGCCGAGACGGAUACGGAGCCAAAGAAUUAAAUCCAUGAAUGUGGACGAUGCCACAUUCAUUUCCUAUUUAGAUAAUAUCCAUAAUGGCAAGGCCAUAAACA